AUGAGUAUGAAACCUGGGGACGUAGCUGAAGAACAAACUAAAUUGAGGGCCUCCCCAUUUUCUUCGAAAGAUUCAGCUAAGGACUGGCUCUAUUAUCUACCAUCGGGGAGUAUUACGACAUGGAAAGAGAUGAAAAGGUUGUUUUUAGAGGAAUGCUUUCCAUCUUCAAGCACAGCCAACAUUCGAAAAGAAAUAUGUGGUGUAAGACAAGACAAUAAAGAAUCCCUACACAAAUACUGUGAGCAUUUCAAGAGACUAUGUGCAAGUUGUCACCAUCAUCAAAUUAGUGAGCAGCUUCACAUCCAGUAUUUCUAUGAAGGUCUUCUACCAACUGAUAGGAGUAUGAUCGAUACUGCUAGUGGAGAAGCUUUGAUGGAUAAAACUUCCGUAAGAGUGAAGAACUUAAUUGCAAGUAUGGCAGCCACCUCUCAGCAAUUUGACACUAGACUCGACACCUCAUCUAAACAUGUUAAUGAGAUAACAAAAGCUUGUGGGAUGUGUUCGGUGGUAGGACAUUCAAUGGAUAUGUGCCCACCAUUUCUAGAAGAUCCCAUUGAAGAAGUAAAUGCAGCAAGUGGUUUUCUUAGACAACUGCAAAGGAAUUAUGAUCCCUAUUCGAACACAAUAACCCAGGAUGGAGAGAUCAUCCUCAUCUUAGCUACGGGAAUCAACAAAUGCGAGUUUAAUAUUCCACUUUUACAUGCUAUUAAACAAGUACCUCAUAAUGCUAAGUUUUUGAAAGAAUUGUACACCAUUAAGAGAAAACAGAAAUUCAAGGGGUGUGAAAAGGUGAGAGUUGGGGAAAAUAUCUCUGCAGUUAUUCAACGAAAACUCUCUGCAAAGUGCAAAGAUCCAGGUAUGUUUACUAUCCUUUGCGUGAUAGGAGACACAAAAUUUGAGAAGGCCAUGUUAGACUUAAGGGCUUCUAUAAACGUCAUGCCAUAUUCUAUUUAUACUUCUUUAAAACUUAAACCUUUAAAUAAAAUUGGUAUCAUGAUUCGAUUAGAUUAG